AUGGAGCAUUUCGGCCCGUGGACGGUAUCUGAUCCCAAACGAAAAGAGAAGAAAAAGUCAUCUGCACCGUUCUAUAAUGACGGCGAGGUGUGUGAUUUCUAUCGAUGCUCCGGGUUUUUGGGUCUGGAUCCCGGCGUGGUCAAUUACGUCAGCUCACGUUUCUUGACCGAUAAUUUUGUGAACAGCAGGCAAGGUCAUAGAUGUAACGGGGAACAAAAUUAUACUCAAAAAAAUCGGCAAAGUUCAAACAGUCUGAGUGCGUGGAGGCGUGGAGCGGAGAAUAAAACGUAG